AUGAAGCUAUUGAUAAUGAAAAUAAAUUUCAAGUUGCUCAAUCAAAGGAUAAACAUUUUUACAAAGAUGAACUUUAAUGGACUAUAUAUGAUUCUUUCAGGAUUUGCAGAAUUACAUGAGAAAAAUAUUUCCCCAUAGAGAUUGAAAAUGGUAUUCAGUUUAUUAUUACUAAAGAGGGUUGGGGUUGGGUUUGGGGUUGGGGUUGGG